AUUUGAAAAAAGCUUUCGGAUUGGACGAAAUGUUUUUCCUAACAAGUCGCGUAGCCUUUGACCAAUCACAUAUUAUGGAAAACAAAUCUAAUUGCUAGACAAAAUACUUAUGUAAACAUCACGUCAGUACUAAUUGGUAAUUUUUUUUGGGACAAGCAAGGCAUUUCCAAAAAUUAUGUUUUAAAUUGUGAGUAUGUAGAAAAAUUGCAAGUACAAAAAUAAGAAAAUUGUAAGAUGGCUCUGCGAGUUUUGAACCGAAGCAUAAGUAAAAGCAUUACCAAUGGAAUAUUGAUGAGAUGUCUGGCAAGCAAAGCAAAUUUGGCGGAAGAAACCUGCAGAGACGACCAUGGCAAGGGGCUGGUGCUGGGAAUCUACACCGACCCGGACGAUCGCCAUCAUCCAGGACGCCUUACCCCCACCGGGGAUAAGUAUAACAAACAUGUCUGUAACCGGUUAAUGGAGCUGGUUAAAGCCUCUGGUUCGCCCCCGAAACUGGGCGACUUCCGCACGUUCUAUGAUCUGGAACCUGAGCACCACUACGUUGUUCUGGUGGGACUGGGGAAGGAAUGCCAGGGUUACGAUGUUUUCGAACAAAUGGAUGAGGGCAAGGAAGCGAUUCGCGUUGCUGCUGCCAUUGGUUGCAAAGAGUGCCAGCGACAUAACGCAUUCAAGGUGUUCAUUGAGAGCUUUGGUCACUCUGAAUCUUCCGCAGAAGGAUCCGCUUUGGGCGUAUGGCUGUACCAAGAAAAGAAGAAUAAAAAACAUCAAAUCCACAUCCCUCAGUUGGAAUUGUAUGACGAUUGUGACUGGACUGGGUGGCAGAUCGGUUUGCAAAAGGCCGCUGCCCAAAAUUUGUCCCGACAGCUCAUGGAUACUUCUGCCAAUCUCAUGACGCCCACCUCAUUUGCUCAAAAUGCCGUUGAGGUCCUUUGUAAGGCAGGCGUGAACGUUGAGGUGAAGGUGCGUGGUUGGGCUGAGACUCAAAAUAUGAAUGCUUUCCUUGCCGCUGGCCAGGGCUCUUGUGAGCCGCCCAUCUUUUUGGAGCUGUCGUACUACGGGGCCUCGAAGGAUGAGCGACCUGUAGUACUUAUUGGUAAAGGUGUUACUUACAACAGCGGAGGCUUGUGCAUCAAGCGAUGUAAAAACCAAAAACAAAUGCGAGGAGACAUGGGUGGUGCCGCGGCCGUCGUGGCCGCAUGUCGUGCGGUGGCCGGACUCCAGCUGCCUCUGAACAUUCGCGGUCUCAUUCCACUGUGCGAAAAUAUGCCAGGUUGUGCGGCAAUGCGACCUGGUGACAUCGUCAAAGCGAUGAACAACAAGUCGAUUGAAAUUGAAAGCACAGACUGCGCGGGACGUAUUAUGAUGGCCGAUGCGCUUGUAUAUGCGCAGAACUUCUGGCCCCGAUUUAUUGUGGACGUCGGUACAAUGACGUAUGAUAUGGAGCGCGCAUUGGGCGACGCCGCCAGUGGAGUAUUCAGUAAUUCGGAGGCGCUAUGGGAAUACAUGCUUGCUGCCUCUAUGCACACCGGUGACCGUGUGUGGCGGUUCCCUCUGUGGAAUCACUACACUAAACUGGUCUCGCGCUUCCACAAUGUGGAAGUGAAAACCAUUGGGCGCGGACGCUAUAAUGGCGGCGCCUGUAAGGUAGCCGCCUUCCUACACGAGUUUGUGCCGUGCGGAGAUUGGUUACACAUGGACACGUUUGGUGUGAUGUGGACGGAUGGUAAGGAUUAUCCUUAUUUGCGGGAAGGUAUGGCAGGUAGACCAACUCGUACUCUUGUGGAGUUCUUGUCUCAAUUGGUGUGCCAUCGUGAGGAGUGCGAAUAACUGCAGUAACAGUGGACGAGACUGACGUUAACUUUUGAGUCGCUGAAAUUCUGUCACAAGUCUGGCUGUUGCAUUACAUCGGAUGUUAUAAAUUUGCGUGUGUAAUUUUCAUUUUUAAAAAGUAUUUCACUUACAGCCAAAUUUUUGAAUGGUGUGUGUAUAAAGACCCAAAAGACACGUAUCUAGGUCUGAAUGAAAUCUGUUGUCUAAUUGUGAAGUAUACGAAAAUUGUAAAUUGUAACAGAAGUUAAGGAUACAAAUACAAUGCGUCAGGAUUUAAUAAACUUUCAAUGCACACAGUU